AUGACAUCUGUUGUUCCUUCCGGUCAAGUCAAUAAUGUGGAUAAAAUCCCAACUGAACAAAAGAGCGCCUUCUACUCGUUCCUCAAGUCAUUGGCUUCAUUUACAGGUGACCUGUCCGCUGUAACUUGUCCUGCUUUCCUGCUGGCUCCUGAAUCAUUGAUCGAAUACUCUGAAUAUUGGGCUGCUCAACCGGAACUGUUUGCAGCUAUCCCUGAGUCUGAUAACGAGGUGGAGAGACUCUUGGCAUUCAUCAAGUGGUUCAUAUCCUACCUAAAUGCGGCCUACAGAAGACGUGUGCCCAAGGGUCAAUGGGAGAAGAAGCCAUACAACCCUGUGCUUGGCGAGCAGUGGUUCAUGAAUUGGGCAGAUGUUGAUGGCUGUGGCGAAACCGAAGUAUUAUGCGAACAAGUCUCUCAUCAUCCUCCGGUGACAGGAUUCUACAUCAAGAAUGACAAAGCGGGUGUUGUCCUCAAUGGGCAUUCUGGUCAAAAGACUCGUAUUUCAAGCGCAACAUUGGUAUGCGAUCAAACAGGUCGAGAGAUGAUGACACUCAAGACUCGCAACAAUGAAAAGUACCUUUUUACAAGCCCAUCUCUCACAGUGCGCGGCAUCUGGUAUGCAGCACCCUAUGUGGAAUUGAUUGGGACAACCUAUAUUCAAGCAUCUACUGGCUACUAUGCUUCUAUCGAAUACUCGUCUCGCGGCUGGAUCUCUGGAGAAAAGAAUCACUUCAAAUGUCUUGUGCGCAAGAAUACAGAUCACAAAGAUUACCUCUACAAGAUUGAGGGGCAAUGGAGCGGCAAAUCAACCAUCACCGAUUACAAAACCAAGGUUUCCAAGCCAUUCUUGGACAUCAACAUCCUGAAAGCAGCUGCUGCCAAAGUGAAGCCCCUGGAGAAGAUGGGAGAGAUGGAGACGCGUCGUAUCUGGCAAAAGGUCUCUGAAGCUAUUCGAGCCAAUGAUACCGCGCUAGCUGCCAAGGAAAAGAGCAUCAUUGAAAACAAAAAGCGUGCAGAGAAGAAGGAGCAGGAAGAGGAAGGAGUGCAAUGGGAGCCAGUCUAUUUCAAGUGGGUGGAAGAAGAGCCGGAUGUCGCUAGAUUGCAAAAGAUGCUGAGCAAGGUGGCUAAAUACAAGGGCGAUCCCAAUCCAAAUGGCAACUGGGUCUACCGCGAUGAGAUGGAGCAGAACAGCAAGUAA